UCUACCAGGAUCUCCGAACCCGACGUAAUUAAAGAACCAUUUCCCACAAAAAAUUACGUCCUAACCUGUCACAGCUUUUUAAAGAAUUUUACAGGUGUUUGACUAGCAUUCUGUUGUAAUCAGAUGAUUUGAGUUUGUUGGCCAGUAAUGAGAUGACUUCUGAACUCUCAGCCUCCUGUGUUGAGCAGGCUGUGCAUCAGUUUUAUCAGAAUGCAGGCAGCCAGCAGCAGCAACAGAUCCAGCAAUGGCUGACCUUGACACAGAUCUCCCCGGAGGCCUGGAGCUUCUGCUGGGAGCUACUCUCCCCCGAAAAGACUGUGGAAGUAAAAUUCUAUGGAGCAAAUACUCUUUAUGCAAAGAUCUCCAGAUACUGGUCGGAGGUGCCUCCAGAACAAUAUGACAAUCUCCGUAGUCGACUUCUACAGAAAAUCAUGGAGCUGUGCAGUGGAGAUAAAAUCGUCACCACACGCCUUUGUAUAUCUUUGGCGUGCCUAAUCCUUCAUAUGACCCCGGACGACUGGCCUGACCCCGUCCCUCAACUUAUCUCCACCUUCCAGUCCCUCCAGAACGUCACCGAAGUUCAGAGAUGCCAAGUGUUGUUAGAGAUUCUACGAGUUCUUCCAGAAGAAUUUUUCAGUGCCAAUUUAAGCCAAAGCAGGAGAUUGGUUCUUAAAAAUGAGCUUCACAAAAGUCUUUCACAUGUAAUCCCCCUCCUACAAAGCCUGUUGUUGCCCGGUGCCCCGGUGGAGAUACAGAAGUCGGCCCUGCAGUGUUUCUCCAGCUGGCUAGACCUUGGUUCCUUGUUCAGCGAGGCCGAGAGCAUCAUUCUACAGACAUUCCAGUGUCUCCAUAACCCCGAUCUGUUUGACACAGCGGUAGAGACUCUCGUAAAUGUCUUCACUCACCCCAGCUGUGAAAGGUUUCAAAACACGAUGAAGAAGUACCUGUCGUGUGUUUUGGGACUACAGGACACAUUCAUGAAGGCUCGAGACUCUCUGGAUAUGGAUGUUUGUCAGAGAGUGGGCCAGAUCAUUAUUUCCUAUGCUGAAAACAACAUCUCUCUUUUACUGGACUGGGCAAUUAGUCCCGAAACAAGGGAGACAACCACCAACUUCAUCAAUCUAGUCCUGACUUGCACUGCAAUUCCUGGCCAUUUCCCAGUGGAUGAGAAUUUUAGCAACAUGUUUUUCACAUUUUGGUAUCUCUUACAAGACGGUAUACAGGAGUCCCCCCCUGAGCGAUAUAAAGUCCUUCACCAGAUGUUUUGUCCUGUGUUUCUGUCCCUCAUACAGACUCUCCUGGUAAAAGUCCAGUACCCCGAGGAAGACGAGUACAACUCAUGGACAAAAGAUGAAAAAGAACAGUUCAGGUGCUACAGGCAGGAUAUUGGGGAUACAAUGAUGUAUUCCUACAGUAUCCUGAGAGAACCAUUACUCGGCUUCAUGUGUAACACACUUAACAGUGCUGCUGAAAACCCCAAGGAGGCACAAUGGCAGUUGAUAGAGGCCAUAUUUUUCCUGUUCUCCUCGGUGGCAGAAAAUGUGGAUCUGGAGGAGGAAGUUCAUAUCCCGAGCAUGCUCAGUGUGCUCCCCAAACUUCCCUUCAACAACAUCAAGUACAUCUCAGGAGCAUUAAAAAUGAUAGGUUCCUUCAGUGAGUGGAUUAACUGCCACCCCGAGUCCCUGAACUCUGUGAUCCCCCUCAUCCUCCAGGGUCUACAGGGGCUUCAGAACGGGGAGAUAGCCGAGUCAGCCACGAUGUCAUUAAAAGACGUCACCGCAGAGAAUCUCGACCACAUACAACCGUAUGCUCCACAAAUCCUAGGGUCAUGUCAGCAUGCCUUUCAGAGUGGAUUGUUGAAGUUGAGUGAACAGGUUGAAAUUUGCGGUGCAGCAUGCCUUUCAGAGUGGAUUGUUGAAGACCUAUUUUCCUCACUGGACAACAGCUCCAGAACAGUCCCUCAGAAGGUCAAGGCCAAACCUAAAUCAACAUCCCCAAAACCAGUGGCAGUGCUCCUACAGCAGUUGGCCCCCAUUAUACAGAGUCUGCUGGCAAACUGGAUCAAUGACCCAGGAAUCAUAGAGGGAGUCUGUGAUAUGUUUAAACACGCCCUGCGGACACUACUGGAUGAUUUCGCUCUGCUGUCUAAAGACGUAGCAGAGAUGUUAGUACAGAUGUACCAAGUCAACCCCAGUCCAGCCAUCUUGGAUUUAGCCAAACAGCUGAUUAUCAUGCAUCAUGAAGAUCCUCAGUUAAAUACAGUGGUUACAGCUCUGCUGGGGAAUAUCUGUACAGUAACACUGGAGCUGUUCACUAAAGGCCCUCAGGACUACACUGAUGUGAUUGAAGCUUUCAUGAAUCUCUUAUCUCAAGUUCUGAAGAAAAGUAAAAGUGUACUGACAACAGAACAAUGUGUGUUACAAAUCUCCAGCCUCUUUCACUCAGCUCUCCAGGCCUUGUCCUUGCCAGAACACCAAACAGUCAAAGCCACCUGCUCAUUUCUGGCAAAAUUCUUGUCAGCAGGGGAGACCACUCCUGUUAUAAAGGCCCUUGUUCAGGAGGAAGGAAGUCUUCUACUAGAUAAAAUACUGAGAGCUGUUGGUGGCGAAGCUGCUAGGGGGUUGGUUGAAAACCUUUCUGAUGUUUUCUUAAUGUUGAAUAAACAUUACCCUGAAAACAUGCCAGUAUGGAUGAACCAACUCAUGAAGCAGGAGGGAUACCCCUCCCCCAAAGUUAACCAAGAGGACAAAGACGCCUUUAUCAAGGGUAUCCUCAGGGAGAAAAUCAACAAAAGAAAAAUACGAGAAGUAUCCAAGGAGUUUUCGCUAAAGUGCCGUGGAUUAUUUGGAACUGAAUAUGCUGCAAAUACAGGGUUUUAGAGACUGAACAAUGAAUGUUGUUUUUAAGGUGUGCAAUUCCAUCCAAGGCAAUUUCAGUGGCCUGCUUCUGUGAUAAGCUUAUUUUGACUCAUUUUUCCCCCAUUAAAAUAUUUACAAACAUCAAUUUGUAUU